CACCUGGCACAGCAGGACCAGCACCAGGCACAGGAUCACUCCUGGCACAGGAUCACACCUGGCACAGCAGGAUCACACCAGGCACAGGAUCACACCUGACACAGGAUCACACCUGGCCCCAGCCCACCGAGUUGCCUGUGAAAUGUGGGAAUUGCCGCUGCCACAAGGGCAGGCUGCCACUGUCCUCUGGGCAUUUGAUCUCUCCAAGAGCCUCACCUGGGCCCGUGUGGGGCCGUGCCAGCCCCGGGGCACACAAAGGGCUCGAUUGUGGCUGCUGCCCGUGCCGGGGCCGAGCAGGAAGGGCCGCGCCGGGCACUGACAGCAGCGCUCAGCUCCCGCUGCCUCCUCAGGUUUCCGUCCCGCGGGGCCCUUUGGCUGCGAGGGACAGCUAUUUAUGGCCCUGGGACACACGGCCGGGCUCCCCAGGUGUGCCUGAGCCGGGAUCAUGCCCAGCCUGUGCGCGGGCAGGAGGCAGAGCGGCAGCAGCCAGGUGCUCGCCUGAAGUGAGGAUGGAAGGAGGGCACGGUGCCGGCCGUGCUGCCCCUGCUGACAGGAGUGCCACAGCACAGUUCCCAGCUCCCUCCAGGACCUUCUGGAUCAUCUUGUCCAUUGCUGUGUUGCUUUUUGUGGUUGUUGGUGUCAGUGUCGUGGGGGUUCUCAGCUUCUCCCCCAGCUCUGCCCAGGCUGGCUCCCAGCUCCUCCGAGUGACACCCCAGGGCCAGCAGGACCCGCUGAGGAACCAGACAGCCGUGGUGGACAAGGCCAGGAGCACUGUCACCUACUACAUCACCUCACAGAGCAACCUGAGCGCCGUGGUGCUGUACGACAGCAGGAACGGCUACGUGUGCUACAAGCCGCUGGAGCAGCGAGCCUGCUACCUGAGGAGGAUGGACCCCUGGGACCUGCAGACCCUGCAGAUGGAUCUCAACACCUCUGAGCACAGCGCUGAGCAGCUCCAGCCCAACAACCAGACCAAGUUCUACCGGGAGUUCCUGGGCAUCGUGGCCGGGGAGCAGCUGGAGCCCAGGGGGCUGGGGCAGGCAGUGCAGAGCCUGUGUGAGCACACCUCCAUCUUCUGGGUGCGCAGAGGGCACGGGCCGGGCAGGCAGCGCCUCAUCUACCUGUGCAUUGACAUCUGCUUCCCCAGCAACAUCUGUGUCUCCAUCUGCUUCUACUACCUGCCCGAGUAAGUGCUGCAGCCACGGCCGCCCCUCUGCCCUCAUACUUGAACUGGAUUCCUGAAAAGCCUCUGACUUCCACGAGGAAAGGAACACCCACAACAUCCCCAGAGCUUCCUGCUGAUUCUGAGCUGCAGGUCAGGAGAGUUUAGAGAAGCAGCAUCAGGAGAGUUUAGAGAAGCAGCAUCAGGAGAGUUUAGAGAAGCAGGAGGCCUCUGCUCAGCCCUGUCAGCACAGACACUGCAGCUCUGCUCCAGGGCUGUGCCUCGUCCCUAGGAAUUAGGAGACCCAGGCCCAGAGGAAUCCCGGGAAGCAGCUGGAGUUUUGGGCUCCAGGCUCUGUUCUACACAAGGUGGUUGUUGUUACAUCUGGGGGUGGUUGGCUUUAGGAGAGCAGCUCUCCAAGUCACUCUGUGAAACACUUUGAAUAAAGGGAUU